AUGGCCCUCGCUCUGCCAGCAUCUACCGCCGCCCUUGUCGCACCGACUGCUUUGGCCGGACUAGCUUACCUCAAUGCUCGCUGGCGAGUCUCGGUCGACUUGGAGCUCAUCCUGAGUCUAGUUGCUUCUCAGCGAGCCUUUGCGAAAAGAGAGGCCGCGGAUCGUGUCAGUUCCUUCUACCUCCUCGAGGAGCAUGCGCAUAAACCAAAGGUUGCGGACAAGGUCUUUAUCAUCUACCAGGGAAAGAGAUGGACCUUCAAACAGACAUACGACAUGGUGCUACGCUAUGCGGGAUACCUGCACACCACUCAUUCCAUCCUGCCAGGGGAGAUCGUUGCCCUGGACUUUAUGAACUCCCCUCAAUUCCUCUUCCUGACCAUGGCUUUGUGGUCUUUGGGCGCCAUACCGGCCUUUAUCAACUACAACCUGACCUCCGCCUCGUUUGUACACAGCGUCAAAACAUCCUCUGCAAGACUUUUGAUUGUUGAUCCUGAGGUCGCCCCCAAGGUCCUGACCGAGGAGGCAAAAACCAGCUUCUCCGCCCCCAAUUUUCGCAACAACUCUUUCCCUCUGGAGGUGGUGGUUUUGACAUCCGGCCUUCAAUCGUCGCUGGAGUACUUUCCUCCCCAUCGUGCACCCGACACUGCUCGGUCUGGCGUGGUCGGUCGUGGCCCAUGUGCCCUGAUUUCGACGUCGGGAACGACUGGCCUCCCAAAGGCUGCAAUCGUGUCGUGGGAGCGCACCGCCGUGGGCUCCGGUCUCGUUGCACGUUGGCUAAAUCUUCAUCCCGUCACAUCAUCUAACCCGGACAGGUACUACACUUCCAUGCCGCUGUAUCACGCGUCCGCCUUUCAAUUAGGCUUCCACUGCUGUCUCAUCCGAGCGUGUACAUUGGUGAUAGGUCGGAAAUUCUCUGCUUCAAACUUUUGGGACGAGGUGGCUGCGGCUGACGCCACGGCAAUACAAUAUGUCGGAGAAACCCUGCGGUACCUCCUUGCCGUGCCACCCAAGCCAGAUGACCGCACAAAACACAGAGUGCGUCUCGCGUUCGGUAACGGCCUUCGGCCAGAUGUAUGGGACAAGUUCCGUGCACGGUUCGGCAUUGAGACAGUGGCCGAGUUCUACGGCGCCACUGAAUCUGCAGGAGCGAGCUUCAAUCUUUCACGCAACACUUUCUCGUCGGGCGCCAUCGGCCAAGCUGGUCUCCUGGGCAAUCUGCUCAUGAAGUUGAGGCAGACCAUUGUAAAAGUGGACUGGGAAACAGAAGCACCUUACCGAGACCCAAAGACAGGGCUUUGCAUUCCCGUACCUCGGGAUGAACCAGGCGAACUCCUCUACAAGGUCGACGCGGCAGACAUUGGUGCCAAGUACCAGGGGUAUUUUGGCAACAAGAAGGCCAGUGACACGAAGAUCUUGAGAGACGUGCUGAAGAAGGGAGAUGCUUGGUUCCGUUCGGGAGACGUGAUCAAACUCGACAAAGAGGGACGCACCUGGUUUAUGGACCGAAUAGGCGAUACAUUCCGCUGGCGUAGUGAGAAUGUAUCAACCGCCGAAGUCGCCCAAGUCCUAGGUGAACACCCACAUGUUCUUGAAGCCAAUGUUUACGGGGUGGAAAUUCCGCAUCAUGAGGGCCGUGCCGGGUGUGCAGCCGUCUUGCUCAGAGACGUUGACUCCAACACGACACCCAUCCCGGACGCACUCCUCGAAAGCCUGGCCACCUACGCGAGGAACAGCUUGCCCAAAUAUGCGGUACCCGUGUUCCUUCGAGUAGUGACACAGGUCAUGGCGACGGGGAACAAUAAACAGCAAAAACAUGUGCUCAGACAGGAAGGCGUAGAUCCUGACAAAGUCGGCCACAACAGGGUGUUCUUUUUGAGGCCCGACAGUCAGAGAUAUGAACCUUUUGGAAGAAAAGAAUGGGAAAAUGUCAAGGGUGGCAAGGUGAAAUUGUGA